UUAUGAAAUGAAUAUGAACAAAAAUGUGUGCAUGUGGAACGAGGAAGGGAAUAAAAAAAAAUUUAAAAAAAAGUUAGUUCGUGCUUGACAACUGCCACGGAAAUGAAGUGUGUCGGAUUACUUUUUUUAGUGCUACUUGUACAACUUUUCAAAUGGAAAACUCCUGAACAGAAAAAUACUGAAUGGAAAAGUCCUGAAAGGAACGAUGAUAUCAGUAAUGAGGUUUUAAAAGCAGCUCAAAGUUUUGCCGAAACCGUCGAAAAUAAGUCACCCGAAAAGUUAAACUACGACGACUUCCGGUCUAAGCUGAACACAACUGAAAGAAUUUUGAUUCCCGACAAACUACAACUGGCAUUACCUCUAAGUGAUGUUUCAUCGGAUGUGUUGACAGCAUUCCGUAGCCUUCAGAAGACGUUAAGUGAUUUAUCCGACUGUCCAUCGCAAACUGUGUCUUCUGUGUCGACCAACCUGCUAGAAUUGCUUGAUAAAAGGGCAAAUAAAAUCGGAUCAUUGAAUGAAGACGGUUCAUCUUUAAGCGAUGUUAUAUCUGCAGCGUUUUUAUCCAUCAACGACGUUUUAUCUAGUUUGGAUAUUGGAACUAGUAUAAAUGAUGGCGUAAGCAAAAUAGAAGAAAAUUUGCUGAAUGUGAUUCAAGUUUUGGGCGAGGCUAAGGACACUACUUCGAAUAUCACGACGCGAUUCAAUGAUGCCAUAUUUUCGGUGGCUGAGUCAAUGCAAAUAUUAGUUAAUAGUAUUGCAUUACUCGCAGAAGCAGCAACGACGAAAAUUGGAGUUUUAACUGAAGCAAAAGAGGCGAUUAUAUCACUUACACUGGUCCUACAAACUACAAUUAUUUUUGUUCAAAGUGUCGGUUCUUCCAUUGCUUCUAUUGCAUUGUCGGCGUCGGAUAGAAUAACACCAGCAUCAUCAGUUUUGAAUUCAUUUUUGGGAAUUGUUGACCAACAGUUGCCAUUCAUUACAAAUGCAUUAACUUCAAUCACAUCAGCUUCAAUUGCAUCGUCUAUGUCUGCAAUAGUAAGUACUAUAAGUGUGACCUUGAGAUCAUUUUCGUAUAGAUUUAAUCAAUCACUAGAAAAGCUUCAAACAAGCGUGUUGUUACAAGUAUCGGCUCAGCUCGAAACCAUUUUGUUCAAUUUAAUUGGUGCUGAAGCCGGUUUUGCUAGCUACGUAACCACAUCAGCUGCGACCAUAGCAUCAAGCAUAGCUGUAAUUUCGUCAUCAGAUAUAGGCAUUCAGUCUAAGACAUCUCGACAAUUGUACCCAUUGUUUCAACGUUUGAAUCAGUUGACUGGGUCUGACAAUGAAAUUGCAGCAAAUUUUGCAACGUCUUUGCCAGGUAUUUUGGAAAUCUUCAAAAUAGUCGUUGGUAAUUUUACCUUUGGUCUCGGUGGGGAUUUAGGAAAAGCGAUAAUAAAGUCGAUUGAAGAUGUUUUCGCUGCCCUUCAAAAAUUGGCAAAUUUGCUGAUAAAAGACAAUUUUAGUUCAAUUGAAAUGGAUAGUGUCACCGAAGAAUGUGCUAAGGCGGUCCAGGUUUUAGCCAGCUCAGUAAUUGCUAUAACAAAAGCAAUGUCUAAGUCUAUUAACUCCAUAGUUGAUAGUGCUCUUGAAAGUGUUAUCGCUCUUCCAAUUCUUCAGUCAAUUGUUCUAUAUGUGGCUGAAUGGAUUACGAUAUUGGCUUCUUCCGUUUCAUUAGCAAAAACUGGAGAAAUUCAUGAACUUGUAUCGUCUCUAGCUGUAACGAUAGUAGUUAUUUUAAAUCAUGUUUCAAGUAUUGUCGAAACGAUUGCUGUUUCGUCAACUCAGCCUCCUGCUCAAAUAUUCAGUUUAAUUUUGUCGCCAGUACUUGACUUUACAAAAUCAACCGCUUCAAUAAGUAACAUUAGUAAAGUUGAUGCAAAAGUAUCUGCUAAGAUCGAAGUCGCGCAUGGUAGAGAAAGUGAUACAUUUGCUAUUGAAGGUAUAAACAGUACGGACGAGAAAAAUUUAUCAGAACUUUUAAAUGGUUUGACGGGUUCUCUUAGGUCUAUAUCGUCCUCAUUCUCCUCGUCGUUAAGCAGUCUCAACACCUCCUUAAAACAAGUUGCGUCUUCUGAAUUCAGUCUACUACAGACAGUUGGUGUGACAUUAACUUCGAUCACAACAACCUUGAGUAACAUAUCUGGGUCAGCUAAUCAGAUUUUGAAUGUAACGUUUAAAUACCUGCACUCAAUUUUCGGUCAAUUAUUAGACAGCGCAUCUAAACUUACUAAUUUUGGCGAUCUAGUUUCAUCGUUAGUCAAAUCAAUUAGUAAUAUUUCUAUAUCCUUGCAUUCACUACUCUAUGCCAUCAACGAUUACAAAGGGAGUGCGUGUUAUGUAAACGAUUCGAUUAGGGAAAUAACCAAAACUAUCCAAAUUCUAAUUUCCACAAUGGCAGCAAUUAUUCGAUCUUCUGCAAAUGCGAGCAAUGAUAUUCUUGAGAAAUUGGCAACUGAAGUUGCUAUUUUACCGUAUCUUGUAUUCACAGUAGUUUUAGUCAUUCAACAAGUUCUUGGAGCUGCAAUUCCCUCGGUAUCGGCAGUGACCGGAUCAAUUCCUGCCACACAACAUGAAUUGACUCUAGCAAUGUUUACGAUUUUAGAAAGUCUUACAUCCAUUACCACAGAUGUGACUGUUUUCCUAAGUGAUGGUAACUUAAAGGAGAUCUCAAGUAAGAUUGUGAAUUCUGUGUCCAAUUUGCACGAUUCUACCACAGCGUCAUUGAGCAAAAUUAGUGGUGUUGUAGCUAAUAUUCAAGUCACUUUGGGUCUAGCUAAUCAAGCACCGGCGUCCUAACAUUUUAAAUCAUUAUCAUCAUCAUCAAUGAACA